GGCGCGGUUGCCUAGGCGACGGCGCUGCCGCAAAGCGCGAGUGCUGUGCGCAGCGUGGCGGAAGCGUCGCGCUUGACGGCUGGCGCGGCCUAGUCUCGUGCGGCGGAGGGAGGCCUGUCUCGUCGUGGCCGCCUUGGCCUUUGCCUUUGCCUUUGCCCGGCGCCGCCAUGGAGAUGCCGCCGCCCCCGCCCGAAGACCAGGAGCUUCGCAAUGUCAUUGACAAGCUGGCCCAGUUUGUGGCCCGGAACGGCCCCGAGUUUGAGAAGAUGACGAUGGAGAAGCAGAAGGAGAACCCCAAGUUCUCCUUCCUCUUCGGGGGCGACUUCUACGGCUACUACAAGUACAAGCUGGCCCUGGAGCAGCAGCAGCUGCUGUGCAAGCAGAGCCAGGACCCCGAGGCCGCCCCCGCCGCCCUCCCCGCGAUGCCCGCGCAGCCGCCCUUGGCCCUGACCCCCACCCCCGUGGCCGCGCCCGUCACGCAGGGGGGGGCCACGCCCAGCUCCGUGGAGGAGCUCAUCCAGCAGAGCCAGUGGAACCUCCAGCAGCAGGAGCAGCACCUCUUGGCCCUCAGACAGGAGCAAAUCACGGCCGCCAUCGCCCUGGCCGUCGACCAGCAGAUGCAGAAAGUCUUGGAAGAGACGCAGCUGGACGUGAACGAAUUCGAUAACCUGCUCCAGCCCAUCAUUGACACCUGCACCAAGGACGCCAUUUCAGCGGGGAAGAACUGGAUGUUCAGCAACGCCAAGUCUCCCCAGCACUGUGAGCUGAUGGCCGGGCACCUGCGCAACCGCAUCACGGCCGAGGGGGCCCACUUUGAGCUGCGCCUGCACCUCAUCUACCUGAUCAACGACGUCCUCCACCACUGCCAGCGGAAGCAGCAGCGGGACCUGCUGGCCGCCCUGCAGAAGGUGGUGGUGCCCAUCUACUGCACCAGCUUCCUGGCCGUCGAGGAGGACAAGCAGCAGAAGAUUGCCCGGCUCCUUCAGCUGUGGGAGAAGAACGGCUACUUCGACGAGGCCAUCAUCCAGCAGCUCCAGAGCCCCGCCCUCGGCCUCGGACAGUACCAGGCCACCCUGAUCAUUGAGUUUGCCAGCGUGGUGCAGCCCGUGCAGGUGGCCUUCCAGCAGCAGGUGCAGACCCUCAAGACCCAGCACGAGGAGUUUGUCGCCAGCCUCACACAACAACAGCAGCAGCAGCAACAACAGCAGCAGCAGCAGCAACAGCUGCAGAUCUCGCCCCUGGAGAGCGAGGUGAAGCCGGCCCCCGCUCCAGCCCCGGCCCCCCCUCCGGCCGCCCCCAUCGCCCAAGCAGAGGAGGGAAAGGCCCAGCUGCCGCUCGCAGGCGCCGCAGCCACAGCCGCGGAAUAUGAAGCCGCAGGCGCCGGAGGGACCGACCCGGCCGUGCCUGGGCCUCGCGGGGCUCACGAGCACCUCCCGCCCAACAAGCCGCCCUGGUUCGACCACCCCGUCACCCCGUGGGCCCAGCAGCAGCCGCCGGACCAGCCCCCGUUUGCGCACCACCCGGGCCCCCCGCACUGCCCGCCCUGGAACAGCGGAGGGGGGUCCCACGAGGGGAUGUGGGGGGAGCAGCGGGAGCCCGGCUGGAGCAACCAGCGCGAGGCCGGCCCCUGGAACAGCCAGCCGGAGCCCCCCGCCUGGAGCGGCCAGUUCGAGGCCCCCUGGAACAGCCAGCACGAGCAGCCGCCCUGGGGAGGGGCCCAGCGAGAGCCCCCCUUCCGCAUGCAGCGCCCGCCCCACUUCCGGGGGCCCUUCCCCCCGCACCAGCAGCAGCAGCAGCAGCAGCAGCACCCCCCGCAGUUCAACCAGCCCCCCCACCCACACAACUUCAACCGCUUCCCGCCACGCUUCAUGCAGGACGACUUCCCCCCGCGGCACCCCUUCGAGCGGCCACCCUACCCACACCGCUUCGACUACCCCCAGGGGGACUUCCCGCAGGAGAUGGGCCCCCCGCACCACCACCCGGGGCACCGCAUGCCCCACCCGGCCAUCGGGGAGCACCCCCCCUGGGGUGGCCCGCAGCACCCGGACUUUGGGCCCCCGCCCCACGGCUUCAACGGGCAGCCCCCCCACAUGCGCCGGCAGGGGCCCCCCCACGUCAACCACGACGAUCCCAGCUUGGUGCCCAACGUGCCCUACUUCGACCUCCCGGCCGGACUCAUGGCCCCGCUGGUCAAACUGGAAGACCACGAGUACAAGCCUCUGGACCCCAAGGACAUCCGCCUGCCGCCCCCCAUGCCCCCCAGCGAGAGGCUGCUGGCGGCCGUGGAGGCCUUUUACAGCCCCCCCUCCCACGACCGGCCCAGGAACAGCGAAGGAUGGGAGCAGAACGGGCUCUACGAGUUCUUCCGGGCCAAGAUGCGCGCCCGGCGGCGCAAGGGGCAGGAGAAGCGCAACAGUGGCCCCUCGCAGUCCAGAAGCCGCUCCAAGAGCCGCGGCCGCUCCUCCUCGCGCUCCAACUCGAGGUCCAACUCCAAGUCUUCCGGCUCCUACUCACGCUCCCGCUCCCGGUCGGGCUCUCGCUCCCGCUCCUACUCGCGCUCGCAGUCCAGGAGCAGAAGCCGGUCGCAUUCUUCUCGGAGCCGCUCUCGGUCCCGCUCCCGGUCCAAAUCCUAUUCUCCCGGAAGGCGCCGCCGCUCCCGAUCUCGCAGCCAAACGCCUCCCUCUGCGGCCGGACUGGGCUCCAGCUCGGGGAAUACUGUUCCGGAAUCCAGGUUGGGAGAGGAGAACAAAGGGCACCAGAUGCUGGUGAAGAUGGGGUGGAGUGGCUCCGGAGGGCUGGGGGCCAAGGAGCAGGGCAUCCAGGACCCCAUCAAGGGGGGAGACAUCCGGGACAAGUGGGACCAGUACAAGGGGGUCGGGGUGGCCCUGGACGACCCCUACGAGAACUACCGCCGGAACAAGAGCUACUCCUUCAUCGCGCGCAUGAAGGCCCGGGACGAGAGCUGAUGCUGCUGCUGGAAUCUUGAGGGCUUCCCUGUCAACCUUCCCGUCUCGUCUGUUUCCAGGUCGGCAUUUUCCCGUAACCCCCGCAGCCCCCUCCCCAAAGCAUAUGUGUCGGUCUGGUGUUGACCCGUAGCUGAGACAUCCUCCCCGCCUUCCCAUCGUGUUGCGUUUCAAUAAAAGAGGGUUUCUCCUA